GCUCUCCCUCCCCCUAGCUUCCACCCCUCAUCCGUUCCACGAUGGCUAGCCCACCACCCGUCACCGAGGACCAGAACCGCCUCCUCGAGGAGGCAUUGGGGGUGGUGAGGCAGCAGUCGAGUCUCAUGCGCAAAUGUCUAGAGACUCCUGGCAAGCUCAUGGAUGCGCUCAAAUGCGGAUCGACUCUUGUCUCCGAACUACGAACCCCCAGUCUCGGCCCGAAGCAAUAUUACGAAUUGUACAUGGCCGUCUUUGAUGCGCUGCGACACCUUUCCGUCUACCUAAAGGAGAACCACCCCGUCAACCACCUUGCCGACCUCUACGAACUCGUCCAGUAUGCUGGCAACAUCGUCCCUCGAUUGUACCUGAUGAUUACCGUGGGUACUGUCUACAUGUCUGUCGAAGAUGCGCCGGUCAAGGAGAUCAUGAAGGACAUGAUGGAGAUGAGCCGAGGUGUUCAGCAUCCCAUCCGUGGCCUGUUCCUGCGGUACUACCUUUCCGGUCAAGCGCGAGAUCAUUUGCCCUUGGGCACCGGGGAUGGUCCGGAGGGUAAUAUGCAGGACUCGAUCAACUUUGUUUUGACGAAUUUCGUGGAGAUGAACAAGCUCUGGGUUCGACUGCAGCACCAAGGCCCCUCACGAGAGCGGGAGAGGCGGAUACAAGAAAGACGCGAACUCGAGCUGCUUGUGGGUAGCAACAUUGUGCGACUCAGUCAGCUGGUUGAUCUUGAGGGGUAUAAAUCUGGCAUUUUGCAAGCACUCCUCGAGCAGGUUGUACAAUGCCGCGACAUCCUAGCGCAAGAGUAUCUCUUGGAAGUUAUAACGAAGGUCUUCCCUGAUGAGUUCCACCUUCACACUCUCGACCUUUUAUUAUCUGCUAUCGCCAGGCUUAACCAGAACGUGGAUUUGAAGAAAAUUGUCAUUGGUCUUAUGGACCGCUUGUCGUCUUACGCAGCAAGAGAAGCGGACUCGACUGCGGAGCCAGAAGCUCGGAAACAAAGCGAGCAAGAAGCCGUCACUAAGCUUUUGCAAAAGCUCGAGCUUGCCAAAGAGACCAAUGUUCAACAACCAAAGAAUGAAGAUGUCGAUAAAACCAAGGAAAAUGGGGCUGAGAAUGGCAAAGAAGAACCAGCCAAAGAAAGCACCGAGCCUUCUGAGUCUACGACCACGACAGAAGAAAAGGAAGUCGAAAAUGAUGACAGUGCUAAAUCUGCAGUUCCAUCAGAAAUCAAGCUGUACGAUAUCUUUUACGACCAGGUGGUGAAUUUGAUCAAGACGCGCGCAUUGCCGAUUCAAGAUACCAUGGCGCUGUUGGUAUCACUUGUUAACCUGGCACUGAACACUUACCCGGACCGGUUAGAGUAUGUUGAUCAGGUCCUGGACUUUGCAACACAAAAGACUGCCGAAUACACUGAUCAUGCUGAUUUGCAUUCUGCGCCAACUCAACAACACAUCCUUCACCUCCUCAAUGCCCCUCUCAAAUCAUACAUCUCAAUCUUCACAGCAUUGACACUGCCACAUUACUUGCCGCUUCUGUCUUCACAGUCGUACCCCACAAGGAGGGCUGUUGCGGGCGAGAUUAUUCGCAGCCUUCUGAAGAACAGGAUUUCGGUGUCCACAACGGAAGACCUUGAUCGCGUGCUUCAGGCGGCAAGAGUGUUGAUCAAGGAAGGUAUGCAGCAGUCUGUUGGAUAUCCCGGGUCACAGUCCCAUCGCCGGGGAGGAGAGACCGACGAGACAGUAGAAGAGCAAGGAUGGCUUGCGAGAUUCGUGCAUUUGAUUCGGGGAUCGGACAAUGACACUCAACUAAAGCUUCUCCAAGCAACGCGCAAGGCGUUCGCGGAGGGUAACGAACGCAUCCGCUACACAACGCCUGCAAUCAUAACAGUCUCAAUCCGAUUGGCCCGCAAGUUGAAGUCGCGUGAGCAUUACGAUGAUAACUGGCAGUCACAAUCUUCUGCGCUAUAUCGCUUCAUGCACCAAAGCAUAAACAACCUCUACCAGCGCGUGAAUCCAGGCUGCGCUGAUCUUGCACUGCGAUUGUUUGUGAUGUCUGGUGAAGUCGCAGAUCAGACAGGAUUUGAAGAAGUCAGUUACGAGUUCUUCGCGCAAGCAUUUACCAUCUACGAAGAUGCGAUCAGCGAUUCGCGUGCCCAAUUCCAGGCCGUUUGCAUUAUCUCAGGUGCCCUGCAUGGAAGUCGCGGAUUCUCCAAGGAGAAUUAUGACACACUUAUCACUAAAGCUGCGCUGCACGGAAGCAAGCUUCUCAAGAAGCCUGACCAAUGCCGCGCGGUUUAUCUUGCAAGUCACCUCUGGUGGGUAGUUGAGAACCCUCAACGUGGAGAAGAAGAUCCCAAAGAUCUCUACCGCGAUGGCAAACGAGUCCUGGAGUGCCUCCAACGUGCUCUUCGUGUGGCCGAUGCUUGCAUGGAUGCCGCUGUCUCCGUCGAGCUCUUUGUGGAAAUCCUCAACCGCUAUGUGUACUAUUUCGACCAGCAGAACGAGACCGUCACCACGAAAUACCUGAACGGCCUCAUCGAACUCAUUCACUCCAACCUGCAGACCAACGAAGAUGAGCCAAACGCGAGCCUCGACGGUCCGAAGCGCCACUUCCAGCGCACGCUGGAGUAUAUCCGCUCUCGCGAGUACGAGGGUAUUGUGACGGACCCCCCAAAGUAA